CGUCAUCACAGGGGCCUGCGACAAGGACCCCCAGUGUGGCGGAGGCAUGUGCUGCGCUGUGAGCAUCUGGGUUAAGAGCAUCCGGAUCUGCACACCGAUGGGCAAAGUGGGAGACAGCUGCCACCCGCUGACUCGGAAGAACCAUUUUGGAAAUGGGAGGCAGGAAAGAAGAGAGAGGAAGAGAAGAAGAAGGAAAAAGGAGGUUCCAUUUUUUGGACGGAGAAUGCACCACACCUGCCCUUGCCUGCCGGGCUUGGCCUGUGUGCGGACUUCAUUUAACCGCUUUACUUGUUUAGCUCACAAGUGAUGUCUGCAGAGAAGGAACUUUCCAUGUGCACAGGGUCCAGAGGCCUGCAGAGCCCGACUUGGGAUCCUGCCCUACGAGCAGCGCCGGAUAGGAGCGCCCGGCUUCCAAGUAACAUUUCAUCUUUGAUUUUUCAGUGACUUUUUUUUUCCCCGUUGAAAGGGAAUUUUAAUUUUGGAUAGAAAUGUGAAGAGCAGAGCAUCACGGCACCGAUUCUCAUUUCCCUGUUGGGUUUUGGUUUGGUUUGGCUUUGUUAGUGCCAGUAACUCACCCACUUGUAUGGAAAUGGGAAUAAGAAUUGGUAUUUUGUUACAGGAACAUUUUCUUUUUUAUCCACCCCGCUGCUCCAUCCUUGCCUCUGUAUGUGUGUGCGUGUGUGUGCGUGUACACACACACAGUGUACACACACAUACACACACACACACACACACACACACUUUGGUCUUUGUCUCUUAAAAGAUGUGUAAGACCCUGUUUCUUCCCCAUUUCCCUCUCUGCCUUAUUGGCGUUUUUAAGAGGGAGUUCUGUGUCCUGUGUCCUGUUGGUGGACUCCCUGGUGAGAGCCUAGCUGUCCACUGGAUCCUUCAGUGAGAACAAGAGGGGACCCCAGAACCAGGCACUCCACACUCUUCCUUGGCAGUGAGGGCUGGGAGGGCCUCUGGAAGCUGCCUGGACUCGGCCAUCCUGAUGGGCCUCAGUUCUGCUAUGAACUGGGGAGGCCAGAAUCAGUGGGAAACCAUGUGGAUCGAGUCCAGAUUCCUAGAUUUGGGGUUUUUUCUUGAGUUAAAGAAGUCAUUUCCAAUACAAUAGCACAUGUAUUCUUCCUUUUUUUAUGAAGUUUACAUUUUAAAAAGUCCCCUCAUUAGAGAUGUUCUAAAAAAUGUCACUGGGGGAAGAAGUACUCAUUGUAAUCCAGUGUAACGCUCUCUAGCUACCAUUUUUAAAUCAGUAUUGUUAAAUCUAAACUUUGUUGCCAUCAGAAGUUCUUUUGCAAUGGAUUGCCUGAUAUCCUGUCCUGUGUAACGUGUGUCAAUAUUGCUGUGUGAAAAUUCUGUAUCAGAAUAAUGGCAGUACUGUACGGCACCUGAUUUAACUUUAAGACUCUAUUUUCACUUUUCUCCUGGUUGUCAUUUUUCUUACAAGCACAUUCCUGUACAGGCCACAUGCUAAAAUGGGCAAAGACACCUCCAAGGUUGGCAAAAAAUUAUCCUCCUGUGAUGUGCGUUUUUAUUUUACAUCCAGGAGCAUGGUGUUUGCAUGGAUUGUAAGGUAGUACCAACAAAUAAACUAUGUGCGCGUCAGUGAAGCUCUGGAGUAUGAAGGGACAUUGCAACGUCCCAGAGCAGCAGGCCUGGCAUGGACCAAGGGUCAGCCCUGUGAUGGAGCUCUCGUGACGGAGCCUCUGUGGUGGGUGGGCAGGCAGGGCACUGGGUUCUGCUGCACAGUGGUGCCAAGGCCACGUGGCCUCGAGAACCCCACCAAGUGUUGCAAAUUGACUUAACGUCACAAAUAAACAACAUAUCAGAUGUGUUCCACUGACUGGCCUUUCCCCGCGCCAACCCACCAACCAUUAAAAGAAUAAAUAAAUAAAAAUGUGCAUUUUGUAGUUA